UUUGCUCUCUCAUUCGGCGUUUUUCUUCGUGACUGUGUGGACGUUCUCACUACGGCUAAAUCUCCAGCAAUCCAGCGACUUUCUUAGCAAAGCUACUAAAGAGGAAACGGCAGUUUGCACAAAUUUAUAAAAUUUGCAGUUUAUUGAAAACUACGUGUUGUUCGAGCCCUUCGAGUCGUGUUUGACGCAUACCAAAACCUUUAAUUUAAACGUGUUUUCGCGCUUCGCUUUUGAAAAGUAAAAACCGUAAAUCAAAAUGGCUGAUGUGGCUGAGCAAAAGAACGAGACCCCUGUUGUCGAGAAGGUCGCAGCUGAGGAAGUCGAUGCUGUGAAGAAGGAUGCCGUUGCCGCCGAGGAGGCAGCAGCUGAGAAGCCAACCGCCACAGAAAACGGUGCUGUCGAAGAGGAGAGCGCCGCCAAGGAGAACGGUGCACCGGCUGCUGAAAGUGCGGCACCCGCCGAAGCAGCCGACGCCGUUGAUGGCGAAAAGGCGACCGAGGCCGCUGCUCCUGCCGCCGCCACCCCCGAGGAUGAGAAGGAGGAAAAGAAGGAGGAGGACAAAAAGGAGGAGUCUGCUGUUGACGGCGAGGAGGCCAAGAAAGAGAGCAGCGAGGCAGCACCGGCUGCUGUUGAGAACGGCGCCGAGGAGGCCGCUAACGGUGACUCUACAGACGCGCCCGCCAUCGAGGCUGUGAAGCGGAAGGUGGACGAAGCUGCUGCCAAGGCUGACGAGGCCGUCGCCACGCCGGAGAAAAAGGCGAAGCUGGACGAGGCCAGCACAAAGGACGAGGUGCAGAACGGGGCCGAGGCCAGCGAAGUUGCUGCCUAAGGAAAUCGUCCGCGGAGCAACAGACUCAGUAAUCUACAUAUAAAAUACUUACUAACACAAAACAAACACAAAUCACACAAAUAACGGUUCUACCACCAGCCACGCGCACCGAAUUGCCCACCGCCCGUCCGUGUGGGCGGGUGAUUCGUGGGUUGCUGACUGGGUGGUCGAAUGCAAUUCUAUUAUAACAAUCCUGCAAUGGGAGCGUAGUUAAUGCGUGCCGAUUCUCUCUGUCUCUACUAACAAACAAACAACCAACCAACCAACAACAAACGAGAAACAAAAAAAAAUCCAUUAUCAUUUAAAACCUUACUUAAAAACUUAACUUUAAAGCAAAGUAUAUAUAGAAAGCAAAAGAUUAAGAAAAAAAAAAGUAAGCGAAAGUAUGAUGCGAGACCCUCUAUGUUUUAAGAAUACAAGUUGUAAACAAAAAGCGUCAAAUUUAAUAAUUGUAAUAAUAAAUACGAAGCGAAUGAAAAAAAUUGCAAACAAAAUUUCUAAAUAAGAAACAAACCAUAAGAAAUUUAACGGCAAAAACCCUUUUUUUGUCACUUAAAAAGUUAUAAUUUUACAACUUUAUCCUAUAUUGUGUAUGAAUAUUUAUAUAUAUCAAGCAAGCAACACUACAAAAACAGCAAAAUGUAACAACAUGCUGCCAACAACAACACCCCCAUAAAAGUUUCUGCCAACUGGCAAUGAGACAAAACAAAUCAUACCACAUAGAAACAAUAAAAACAAAAAAAAAACGGAA